AUGCUAUACUUGGUCGGAGGAGAGCUUGCUUUAGAGCUUUCCCCGCGAGUUGGCAGCUCGGCUAACGCUUGCGCAAAAGUUGGUAACUCUGCAGCGCAGCUGAUCAGUCAACUGACCACGAAGAUGGCAGACCUAAUCACCCAAUUCGGAAAAUUGAGUGAAAAGGGCUUUCACUCACCUGCAGGGGGGUAUCACCCCUUCGUCCCAGUGCCGAGCCGACGCUACUGGAGCCAGAGGGAUUCUGGGGUCCAGGGAAGACCUCCGCACACUGAUGUCGCACACGCGGAUCACAACGUAGGAAACUUGUUUUCGCGCACUCGAAUAUAAAACACGUCCGGUACGCAACGACUUUCCACUCUCUC